GAAGAAGCUUAUUGACAUCCCCUCCUCCUCCUACAAUCAGCUGUGAGAGAGAGAGAGAUAGAGAGAGAGGGAGAGAGAGAGCAGUAAUUUGUAUAUUUCUCUCCGCUUGCAUCGACUUCACUUCGUCCAUACAUCUCUCCCUCUUCUCCGUCUCCUCAAUCUCCUCACCAAGCUAUCUUGUUUCCUAAUCUCAGACACCAAUAAAGGGCAUUCUUGACAGCGUGCACACAAGAGAUGUCUGUAGACAUGUAAACGUGACUUCUUUACGUGGUCAAAUAAAUUGUUGAAUCAAGAUGGGGCCUUACUUUUUGUAUUUGUUGUUUUAAAGAUAAUGGGAGAUGAUGGUGCUCAGAAAAUUCCUAGGGCAGGUGAGGCUGAAGGUUCAGAGACGACAAUUGAAAUAAAAAUAAAAACUUUGGACUCUCAAACAUAUACUUUAAGAGUGGACAAACAGAUGCCAGUUCCUGCUUUGAAAGAACAGAUUGCUUCUGUCACAGGCGUGUUAUCAGAACAACAACGUUUAAUAUGCCGUGGAAAAGUUUUAAAGGAUGAUCAACUACUCUCUGCAUAUCAUGUUGAAGAUGGGCAUACCUUGCACCUGGUAGUCAGGCAACCUCUUCUGCCAUCUUCUGAUGGCAUGCCCAAUCAUUCAGCAACUGAUCCUGCUUCAAGUACAAGUCGUGGUCAUGUGGCCCCUAGUGUUGUAAUAGAAACUUUUAGUGUGCCUGAUCAAGGUGAUGGAGUUCCUCUCGAAAUCAGUAGGAUUGUUUCUGCUGUUCUUGGUUCAUUUGGAUUUCAAAAUAUUGGAGGUGGCAAUGAAGGACUUGAUGCUGCAAGGCGUGGACAGCAUAGAUCACCAACUGCUAGUGGUACACCAGAUGCAGCUGGGCUGCUACCUGAGCAAGCUGGCAGCAGGGUUCAAUCUGAUAGAUCACAAAGUGCUUUUGGCCUUCCAACAGGAGUAUCUUUGGAGUCUUUGAAUCCCCUUGUAAUUCCUGAUUCUUUGACAACUUUGACCCAAUAUCUGAGUCUUAUGAGGCGUGAAUUCAAUGCUAUCGGCAGAGUGGGGGAAAAUAUUGCUCAAGGAGAGGCUAUACAGAGGACUGAGCAAAGAGACUCUGAUUCCACAUCAAGAUCAGGAACUGUACAAGAACCGCUUCCAACACCUGCAUCCUUGGCUGAAGUGAUGCUGUCUAGCAGACAAUUUAUCAAUGGACAAGUUGCAGAAUGCUUACAACAACUUGCGAGGCAACUAGAGAGUCAAGCAAAUGUUACUGAUCCUGCAUCACGGUCGAGCACUCAGUCCAGUGCAUGGAGGACUGGAGUUCAACUUCAUAAUUUAGGUGCAUUUCUACUUGAACUUGGACGGACUACAAUGACUCUUCGACUAGGUCAAGCACCGUCAGACGCUGUGGUCAAUGCGGGUCCUGCAGUUUUCAUAAAUCAAUCUGGUCCUAAUCCUCUAAUGGUUCAGCCUCUUCCUUUUCAACCAGGAGCAGGCUUUGGUGCCGUCCCUGUGGGAUCUGUGCAGCCUGGAUCCGGUUUAGUCAAUGGUAUAGGUACUGGGUUUCUUCCGAGGCGUAUUGAUAUACAAAUUCGAAGAGAUUUACUUUGA